UCCGUGCGCGCAACCAAAGCGCGCGCACUGCUCCGUGACCCAUCUCACUGAACAAAGGAUUCUUUCUCGAAAUCUCCUCUCCAGACCUAAAAUGGCGCCCUCUCUCGCAGAACACCAUAGAGAUAAAGGAGGGGCCGCAGCGAUAGAAAAAAGACGUAUGGGAAAGGCGACGGGGUAGAGCGGCUGUCUCCAGCGUGGGGCCUCUCUGCGCCUCAGCUUCCAGCUCUGUGGUUGUCGCUUGCGGAUAGGAGCUUGGAGCUCUGUUGUUAUGGCGGCUGAGGGGGAACCCGACGACCCGAAGAAGUCUUUUAAGCUGCUGGGAAUACUUGAUGUUGGAACCAUCCCCUGUGCUCGGGAAUCAGUGCUGUAUGGAUCACUGGGUGCUUUAACUCUGGGCCUUGGACACUUCUUAGCAACUAGUAGAGUGAGACGAUCAUGUCACUUUGGAGCAGGAGGCUUUAUCCUGACAACAUUAGGAUGCUGGUUCUACUGCCGAUAUAAUAAUGCAAAACUAAAGUUCCAGCAGCGAAUGAUUCAAAAAGGGAUAAAAAACAAGAUUUUGUUUGAAGGCACAGAGUUUGAUCCAGAGAAGCAAAAAGCAAGAACUGAAAGAAGUAAUUGACAAAGUCAUUGUGCAGCAGACAAUUUGUUGGGAAUGGAAGCUAAUCUGAGAAGUAAUAGAACUUGGUUGCUGCCAACACAUUGGGUUGGAUCCAAUGGAAACGAGAGAUGUUGGAGCGUAUCUUUCUGAGCCUUUUCCAAGCAGCCUACUUGCCAUGAAAAAUCAUCUAGGGUUGAGAGAGCUUUGCAAAACGAACACAUUGUACAACACGUAACAAAAAUGGGGAAUCAGGUAAAAUAUCUUUUUCUGGCACGUGGCUUGAGGAGGAGGAAGGUGGGAAAAGAUUCACUCUGCCAGUUCCUUCUGGAAACUUUGUUGAUCCAUUCUAUAAGGGAAGUAAUUUUCUUGCCUCAGGACUAUCAUAAAGUUGAUUUGUGUUUUACUUUUACACUUGUAUACAAAUCAAAAGCACCUUAAAUCUACCUAAUUUGUUCGGGGGUGGGGGGAGAGUCAGAUCCAGUUAAAUAUAGUACAUGCCAAGGAGGAUGCUGAAAAUGUCCUCAGAAUGGCUCAAACUGGUGAAUUAGUUUGGGAAGUUUAUUCAGCAACUAAUAUAGACAGAUUAGACCUUUUGAAAUGUAAAACUUGUGGGCAAGAUUGAAUCAAAUCUGAACACUUCCUAAAAUGAAGUUGAUUUUAGUGAUAGAUUUUUUGUGUGUCACAAUUAAAUAAUUGCAACACUUCCUGGAUUAUGUUUCGUGUAUAUUUUAUCCACCACCCCCCAAAAUCUCAAAGCACUGUUCUUCCACAUCACUUUUGCUUCAGUGGUUCUAAU